AUGGGUGGAGAUCCGGAACACAUUGCUGUGCUAUUGGCCAAUCAGAGCUCGCCAAAUAACAAUGUUAGAACCGAAGCUGAAUUGAUUUUCAAUUAUCAAAUAUCCCAAGAUCCCACAACCGUAUCAUUGAUCUUGAUGCAAAUUGCAGAAGACGCGUUGGCACCCAUAGACAUCCGUCAAGCGUCUUUGCUUCAAUUGAAGCGAGUGAUUCCCAAGUAUUGGUCUAUGGGGUUCCCAGCAUUCAUUGGUCCUCCAGUAUCUCAAGAGGUCAAGAGUGCUAUCAGAUCCAAGCUUUUACAAUUGGUAACAACCACUCCAAAUACAAAACUCCGUACUGGAUGUUCUUAUGCCAUUGUGCAAAUUGCUGCUAGUGAUUACCCCGAUGAAUGGCCUGAAUUGCUUACUUUCUUGUAUAAUCUGACUCUUGAUGUCACAAAUGAAACCGCUUUCUUAGGUGGGUUCUUGGUCCUUAAUGAAUUAUUUGACGAUUUAAUCACCAGUGAGCAGUUCUGGAACCAAUCUGUGGGGUCUCAGCUUACAGACCACAUUUGCAAGAUUGUUUCAACCCCGGAAGCCAGUGUGAAAGUGAAAAUUAGUUGUGUGGUUCUUUACGGGAACAUAUUGAGCCAUUUAAGAGCUCCAGAAUCAUUUGAAACAGCUGAAAGGAAGACCUUUGCCAUAGAGAACGUUACCACAAUGACCAGUUUUUUUGCUAAGCUUUUGGAGGACUCUAUAGAGUCCAAUAAUGAUCAGAUUGGCCAAAUUUCAUUACGAAGCCAUAUUUAUAACGUUCUUGUGGUAUUCUUUUCCGAUUUUAAUAAACGAAUAUCAAAGGAUAUGACAGCCUAUAUUUUCUCCUUUGUGGUCCAAGAUUAUAUUAAGAUGUCUGAUGUGUAUGUAAGAGUUGUGGUGACUGAGGAGUCGACAUUACAAAUAGAAGACAAUAUUGGUAAUGAGCCCGUUCAAAUAUUAGUACAGUUAUUUGUGGAGAUGCUCCAAUUGAUUAAUUCUAUCCAACAUCAAGUAUCGUUAGCAUCUUUGAAUGAAACAGGUAAAGGGUUUUUUGGCGCAUUGAUUGAUUCAGCUAAGCUUUCGAAAGCAAGAGUUGAAGAAUACGAGGCGAACUUCAACGAAUUCAUAACAGAUUCAAGUUCAUUGAUUUUGGGCCAGUCUGUGAGGGAAUCCACUUCUGAUCUUUUACAAGAUUUGAACGAACUUGAUGCAGCUCAAUUAUUUCUUUUUGUUUUCCAAUUAUUGGGAGAUAAACCACUACAACAAGAUGUUUCGUUAACAGAAGCUCUUUUAUUUAUUUUGGAAUCACUUUUCCAAAAUGCUGAUGCCAAACUACUGGGUAAUAAUUUGGGAGUUGCUGAAAUACUUUCUCGGUUAAACUCAAUGGUUGAUCCAAAUAAUGCACUUGUUGUAGCUAGGGUUUUCGUUCUAUUACCGAGGUUUUUUGAAAAGUUUGAAAACAUUAUUUCAGUUGAUACCUUUGGAGCUAAAGCCCUAGCAGAUUUAGUGAGCUUUGCUUCGAACUCUAAUUGCGAAUUGGUAAAAGCUGCAGCCAUUUUAAGUGUUUCUUUAUUCAAGCAAUUAAUUAAAGUGCAAAUUGAACCUUCUAAGAGAGAAACAGUUGUUCUUGAUAUUUUCAAGCUUGCCUAUUCAAUUCUUGAAGAUAGCGAAGAAGAUGGCUUGCCUGCUCUUUUGGAAGCUAUUUCUGUAGGGAUUGAAUCGGAUUACGCCUUUGCUUCCAAAGUCCAAAUUGAAGGUGUAGGAAUCAUUGAUUUGAUCUUGAAAAUUGCCUUUAAAGAUAGUGCUAAUGUCCAACUUGUUACUGAUUCUUCUGAAUGCUUGCAACAAUUCUUGUCGAGUAUUUCCAACGAAGAUUACUUGACAGUAUGUGAAAAGUCCUUGCCAUCUCUCCUUCAAGUAAUUAAGAACCAUGCUACUGGAACCUAUUCUCCGGAUUUAGACUUAACUCUUGAAUUGCUUGGUGUCAUUAUCCAAAGUUGUCCUAUCACCCCAUUCCCACUGAAUAUUUUUGAGUAUGCAUUCCCCACGGUAAAGCACUUGCUUCUUAUUUCCGAUGACAACCAAAUUCUUCAGAGUGGAGGAGAAGUGUUUAGCAAUUUAAUUACCAAGGCAUCUCAAUCUUUCCUUGCAUACAAAGAUCCAGAAACUGGCAAAUCUGGUGUCGAUUUGAUUUUAGAAAUUGUAUCUAAAUUCUUGUCACCUGUCUUAAGUGACAGUGCAGCCAUGAACACUGGGCUCAUAGUUCAUUCAUUAAUUCAACAAUUCGAAUCAUAUUUGAGCACUGAAUUCUUGGCACAAAUAUUAGAGGCCACUGUUAAACGGUUGGUCAUUGCUAAAGAGGUUGUAACUGUUGAAAAUCUUAUUCAAGUGUUUUGCUAUUUGGUUCUCAAGGCUCCACAAGAUAUGAUUAAUUUCUUGACCACAAAUAUUAAACUAAUUGAUCCAACUGUUACCCCACAAGUCGAACGUACUGGCCUAGAAAUCAUUUUACCCAUUUGGUUUGAUUCCUUUGAAGUUACCAGAGGCUAUGAGAAGAUAAAACAGAACGCAUUGGCUCUUGCUAAAAUUUAUUCACUUGGUGACUCAAAAGUAGAGUCACUCAUUGUUAAUGGUGAUAUUAUUCCUUAUGAUGGUGAUUUGAUUAUCACCAGAUCCAUGGCUCAGAAUAUGCCUGACCGAUACACACGUAUAUCUGCCUCUUUGAAGAUAUUGAAGGUGCUUGCUGGGGAGCUUAUUUUCCAGAACCAACAGCCAGAUGCCAACGACUACUUACCGGAGAAUGUUGAACAGGACGAUGGAGAUGACGAUUGGGAAGACAUGCAAGAUAUGGGAGUUCCUACUUAUGACAAAUUGAAGUCGUAUGUUGAUUCUGAUGAUGAAGGUUCUGACUAUGACGAACAAAACGGUGAUCAAGGACUUAAAGACUUACUUUCACAAUUUUUCAAAGAGUGUAUGAGCAAAAACUUGGGUCAUUUUGAUAAAUUCUAUAAAGACAUGAGUGAUGAUGAGAAGAAGAUGAUUACUGAAAGUGUUGUGUUUUGA